AUGCGCCACCGGUCCUUUACCUUUUACGCCUGCCGCUACUCCAUUUUGGAUGCUCGUAACGCAGUCGCGGAACUUUUGCUGAGCGCCGCGCAGAUUCUGGUAAGAGCUGGUCAAGUGCUGGACUUCGUCAUCGAGCUGUUUCUUGACUUGAGACAAUUGCUGGGCGGAGAGGCUGCCAAGGUCAACUAUGCAAGGUCAGCCCCCAUCCACUCGCCCUCAUCCUACGCAGUCGAGGCGAUACUUCAAACUAGCGAAGCGAAAGAAAAGCGCGAACAGCAACGCCGCACCCUCUUCGUCCGCGCGCUGCCGCCUAACACCACCACCGAUUCCCUAUCCGACCUCUUCUCCGAGUCAUACCCCAUCAAGCAUGCCGUCGCCGUCAUCGACAGUGAGACGAAGCAGUGCCGCGGUUACGGAUUUGUCACCUUCGCCGACGCCGAGGAUGCCGCCAAAGCCAAGGACGAGUUCCAAGGGCGUGUGCUGCAGGACCGUAAGCUGCGCGUCGAGAUCGCCGAGCCAAGACAUCGUGACGAAGCUGGUGAGGGAGCGGUCAAAGGUAAGGCGCAGAGGGAAGUGGUGAGGCAGUCCACGAAGCUCAUUGUGCGCAACCUACCGUGGAGCAUAAAGGGCUCGCAUCAGCUCGAGAAGCUGUUCAGGAGCUAUGGGAAGAUCAAGCAGGCGUAUGUGCCGAGAAAGGGAAAUGGAGGGCUGGUGGCUGGCUUCGGUUUCGUGUUGAUGAGAGGGAGAAAGAAUGCUGAGAAGGCUAUGGAGGGCGUGAAUGGGAUGGAAGUUGAUGGGAGGACGUUGGCCGUCGACUGGGCGGUUGAGAAGGACGUGUAUCAGGGGCUGCAGCAAGGUGAAGAGGGUGGAGGCGCUGAAGGCGAGAUGGAUGAGGACGGCGAGGCUGACGUUAGUGGUGAGGAACGUGACGCUGACGGUGACGAGGAAGAUGAACAUGAUGUCAGGAACGAGGAUGGUGUGAAGGAUGAUGGCGAGAUUGAGGACGAGGAUGAAGACGAGGACGACGUUGACAUCAAGCUAGACGAUGACGACCUUAAUGAUGCGGUCAAGCGCAGCCAGAAUUUCUCCGAGGACAAGUCUUCCACCCUCUUCGUCCGCAAUCUGCCAUUUAUCUGCACAGACGAGGACUUAGAAGACCACUUCACCCGCUUUGGCGCCGUACGAUACGCUCGAGUGGUGAUGGACGCCGGCACCGAACGUUCAAAGGGCACAGCUUUCGUGUGCUUCUACAACACAAGCGACGCAGAUGCCUGCCUGCGCAACGCACCAAGACGCACAAUGCCCACUGAUGCAGAAAAGGCGAAGCAAGGCAGAGACCCUCAGAACGCACCUUCAAUACUACAAAAUACAGAUGCAGACCCUACCGGCCAAUACACCCUCGAUGGACGGGUCCUCCAGCUCUCACGAGCCGUAGACAAGUCAGAAGCGAACCGCCUCACCACGGAAGGAGCCGUAUAUCGCGGCAAGCGUGACAACGACAAGCGCCGCCUGUAUCUACUUGCGGAGGGCACCAUCUCGCACAAGUCGCAGCUUUGGGAGAAGCUUUCUCCGUCGGAGAAGACAAUGCGAGAAGCCAGUGCGCGGCAGCGCAAGACUCUUAUCGAAAGCAACCCGUCGCUCCAUCUCAGCUUAACGCGCCUCAGUCUCCGCAACCUGCCCCGCAGCAUUGGCAGUAAAGAACUGAAAGCGCUAGCUCGAGAGGCUGUUGUGGGUUUCGCGACGGACGUCAAGAAUGGCGUGCGUGAGAAGCUAUCGAAGGAGGAGCUGGCGCGUGGUGGCGACGAAAUGAUCGCCGCCGAGGCUGCCCGCAAACGCGCGGGUAAAGGGCUGGUCAAGCAAGCCAAAGUGGUAUUCGAAGGCUCGAGUGGGAGCAAAGUACAGGAAGAAACUGGCGCCGGACGAAGUCGAGGCUAUGGCUUCGUGGAGUACUACACGCAUCGCUCUGCGCUUAUGGGUCUGCGAUGGCUGAAUGGCCACGCGAUUGGGUAUACUGUGCUGCACAACGAGAGGAAGAAGAAGAGUAGCAAGUUCAAGCCUAGUGCGGAGGAGAUGCAGGAUCGCAAGAAGCGGUUGAUCGUUGAGUUUGCGAUUGAGAAUGCGCAGGUUGUGUUAAGGAGGAAGGAGAAGGAGGGGAAGGCCAGGCGGGGGUUCGUUGGGAAGCCUGGGGCAGGAGCUGAGGCCGCUGCUGGUGGCGAAGGUGAACCGGAGACGGAGCAGGCGCCGAGGGCGAGGGCGGGGAAGAAGGCUUUUGAGUCGAAGAAGCGGAAGAGAGGUGAUGGUGCCGACGGGAAGCCGCGUCAAGGCGGCGAGACGAAGGCAGUGAAGGUUCCGAUCGAUGCGAAGACGGCGAAGCGGAAUCAGAUUAUUGGACGGAAGAGGGCUGCGCGGAAGGCAAGGAAGGGUGGGUAG